AGCUGUGGAAAAUGCUAGUGGUAAGCUACUCCCGGCCACGGCUCCUGCUAGCUGCUCUGAUGUGUCUGUGUAGUUGGAUGACACUGACAGUGGAAGGACUGACUAUAACUGUGAAUGAUGGUCAAAUAUCCGUUUCUAAUGACAACAUGACGAGAAUCAGUGUGUAUGACUUUGAGUUUGUGAAUUCAAAUAGUGAUUUCAGUAGAGCUAUGAGGUGUCAGUCUGAA